GGAGGGGGGCGGGGCCGCGGCGCCUCGCCCUGAGGUGCCUCAGGGUGGCAACUGCGCCCGCCAGCGGCCCCGCCCGCGCGGAAGGGGCGGACGGGGGGGCCAGCCGGGCGCGGAGGGGCGCGGGGCGGGGCGGGGCUGCGCGGUGCCUGCGGCCCGCCCCGCGGCCGCGCCUCGCCUCCCGCCACGCCGCCGCAGCCCGCCGGGUUGUGAAUCAAUCCAAGAAUGAACAAAUGUAAGAAGCCUUAUAUUGACCAGACUCCAAAACUUGAAAAGUUCACCCCUGAUAUUCUUGCUGAAAUUGAGAAGCUCUUUGCAAAGAAGUUUUCUUACACUAAGCCUGCAAAUAAUGAAUGGCAGCUACCAGAUCCCAGUGAUGCUUUUACCUGUGAUCACAAGGAAUUCAACUCGCUUCUUGCUCUGAAAGAUUCAAUGAAUGAAGUCAAGAAUCAGCUGAGUGAUAAGAACCUGGACGAAUGGCAUCAGCACACCUCAUUUACCAAUAAAGCAGGGAAAAUAAUUCCUCAUGUGAAGAAAUCUGUGAAUGCUGAGCUGUGUACCCAGGCUUGGUGCAAGUUUCACGAGAUAGUGUGCAGCUUCCCUCUUCUCCCUGAAGAAGCUCUUCAGGAUGGAGAACUGAAUUCUGUCCACCUCUGCGAAGCACCUGGAGCUUUUAUAGCCAGUCUCAAUCAUUACCUGAAAUCCCAUCACAUCUCUUGUGAUUGGAAUUGGGUAGCUAAUACUCUAAACCCAUAUCAUGAAGCAAAUGACACCCUUGUGAUGAUUAUGGAUGACCGUCUUAUUGCAAAUACCUUGCCUUGGUGGUACUUUGGCCCAGAUAACACUGGUGAUGUGAUGACAUUGAAUCAUCUAACAGGACUUCAGCACUUCAUAAACAAUAUGGCCACAGUUCACUUGGUAACUGCUGAUGGCAGUUUUGAUUGCCAGGGAAAUCCAGGCGAACAGGAAGCUCUUGUUUCACCCCUGCUCUACUGUGAAACAGUCACUGCUUUAAUGAUCCUGAGCACUGGAGGAUCCUUUGUUUUGAAGAUGUUCACGUUGUUUGAACACUGUUCUGCCAAUCUGCUCUUUCUCCUAAACUGUUGUUUUGAGGAGGUCCACGUCUUUAAGCCAGCCACUAGCAAAGCUGGAAACUCGGAGGCCUAUGUGAUUUGUCUUCAUUAUUUGGGCAGAGAGAGCAUUCACCUCCUGCUUUCUAAGAUGAUACAGAACUUUGGAACAGAAAUUGUCAACAAAGCACUUUUUCCCCAGCAUAUGAUACCAGAAUCUUUUCUUAAGAUACAUGAGGAAUGUUGCACGUUCUUCCACAAGUGUCAAGUAGAGACUAUCUCUGAGAACAUCCGACUCUUUAAGUGUAUGGAAGAAGCAGAGCAGACAAAACUGAACAGCUUAAGAGAUUGUGCAAUAGAGUUCUUUAUGCAAAGAUAUUGCAUGAAACCUAUUGCCCGAAAGAACUGGCUGGUGAAGAAAACUCAGGCUGGCUGCAGCAUGAAUGCAAAAUGGUUUGGGCAAAGGAACAAAUACUUUAGUACGUACAAUGAAAGGAAGAUGCUGGAAACCCUUACGUGGAAUGAUAAAAUGGCAAAGGGCUAUUUUAAUCACUGGGCUGAAGAGCACAGCUUAAAUAAUGCCGGUAAAAUGUGCAUUUUGGAAGGAUCGUCUUCUAACCUUGAAUGUAGCUUGUGGUACAUUUUGGAAGGAAAGAGACUACCAAUGGUAAAAUGUUCUCCAUUUUGUGAUGGUCAAGUCUUAAAAAAUCUUAAUGAAGCUAUGAAAGAAUGGGUAGGGGGCAGGCUGAAAAGCAGACAAAUGCUGCAGCCUUGUCCCUCUUGUGAGGUUCUUUCUGGGGAACUGAUACUGGCAGAACUGUCCAGUCUUACCAGGUGUCACCAGGAGGUCCCGAAUGCAAGUUGUAGUGACCAGUUCAAGUGCCUUGUGGUGGACUUUCCAUCCCUUUGUGAUACUGAAAGCCAACCCAAUAUGGAAAUAAAGCUCCUAGACUUUGCCCCACUGCUGACAUUUAGCUUCUCUUUGUUUUAUGAUGGAGAACCAAAAUACCAGCAGCAGCUUUUGGAGUGUGUUCUGCAUUCGUUGAAUCAACUUAAAAUAGGAGAUGCAUUGAUUCUGCCUAUUCUUUCUUGUUUUACACGCUUCACAGCUGGCCUCAUCUUUAUACUGCAUUGCUGUUUCAGAUGCAUCACAUUUGCUUGUCCGACUUCCCACGAGCCGCUGAAGACCUGUGCUGUUUUGCUGUGCAUUGGUUACCAGGGUCUCCCAAAUCCAGUUGCUGAAUAUCUGCACCACCUGAAUAAACUAGUGAGCUCCUUGCUAGCCUCGGACUCUCCCCAGCAGGUUUUGCAGUUCGUGCCACCGGAGGCUCUCCUCCAGGGCAAACUGUUGGAGUUCUUGUGGGAUUUGAACACAGUCAUUGCAAAGAGGCAACUCCACUUGAUCGUGCAAGCUGAGCAGCAGCAGAUGACUAGCGAUUCAUUCUAAAACAGUUCUAGAACGGAGCAAGUUCCUGCUCUUAGAGCUUGUUUCACAGGCGGGUAGAAGUUGUAGAAACACUACUGUGUGGCUGUCAUGUCACUGUAAAACCUUGGUGUGGCAUUCGUAGUGUUGGGAUGCCAUUUUGAGCUGCCAGGGUUUGUGGAAGCCAUAACGCUGUGUUUGGGCCAAAACGCUUGGCAGCGUGCAAGUCUGAUGCAAGGCAUAGGGGGGGAAAAGUGUCUUGUGAGCAAGCAGUUGGCUCACAAAUGUUAGGUUAAAAGUGACUGCCUUUAAGCAGUAGCAGAAGAGUCCAAGGAAAGAUGCUCUUUGGUUUUAAUUUUGUGUAUUCUGUAUGAUUUUUGAUAAGUCAUUUUGUGGCUGUGUCCCCCUCCCCCAUCCCAAAUCAAUGAAUGGGCAAUUAUAGCUUUAUUCUUAAAUGGUUUAUGGGAUCUUUCUUAAAUUGUCUUGAGACACCUGAGUGAAAGGGAGGCUCGCAUCUGCCUAGUGGUAGCGGCUAUUAAUGAGGAUGUGCAAAUGUUUUUCAGAUUAGAAACAUGAUCAUGUACAGAUUUGUCUACCAAAAAUGCUUUGGGGAGGAGCGCUGAAGGAGCAUAAGCUGAAAAAAUACAUGAGACUUUCUUUAGAAAAUUAUGAUUAAGGUUUAAUUUGGUUCCCCUUAGAGAUAAAAAUGAGGAAAUCAGUAACUGAUGCCGUUCCUUUAAGAGAAUCAAGUUUUAUUUUUCAUAUUGCUUAUGUAGGAGCUAAAUUUUGAGACCCAACUUGUGUGUAUUAACACUUAGUUUUAAGUUUGUAGUUUACGUGGGAAAACCUGCUCAGAGGGAGAAAUGGCACUUAAAGGAAAAACGACUUUACUGUUGAUGUGUGCAAGAUCUCUCGGAAAAAGGUUGAAAGAGUGCAGUUAGUAAGAAGGAAAAUAGUCUCCUGAUUAAUUACCAGUCACCUUCUGGAAGCACUUCUAAUUAUAUAAAUGUAGGAGCUUGAAGGAUAAUUGAUUACUGGUAAGGUCUAAAAGCACUGCUGAAAAACUGUUUUGUCUGGAGGUGCUGCGCGUUUAAUAGGCUUUUUUGCCACGUUGAUGGGGGCAGAAUUUAAUGCAUUCAACAGUUCGUUUUUUAUUUAAGAAUUUGAUAGGUGAGUGAGCUUGUGGCUCAAGUCUGACUAAUUCAUAACGUUUUCUAAAGAUCUUGCUUUUUACAGUUGCGUGUAAAUAGAAGCAGAGAAAUCUGCCCAACAAAAGCUUCUGGGACUGGUCAUUGUCCAUUUUAAUUUAUUUAGAUUAGCCUACUUUUUUUGCUGGGAGCUGAGUCAUGUGUCCUCCUGAUCAGGAAGACUGAUACUAGGCAGUAAUAGCUUCUUCUGUAUGUUGUUUUUUGAACCUCUAAACUCAAGAGUGCAAGCAGGGCCACAGAGGAGUUUCACUGAGGAAUAAAAAAGAAACAGUGAUCACUAAAAUAGGAAGAAUGGAUGACAGGACAGUAUCAAAGACCACCUGUAAGAGCUGCCUUUUCACGAAGCAGAAAGCAUGAUAAAGGUAUUGUCCACUAAAGGCACCCUCACCUCUUUGCCUCUGUUUCAGAGGUGAUUAAUGUUUCUGAAACUCCUGCUGAGCUGAAGCUUUUUAAAAGACUUCUCUUAAAGCAGAGGUAAUGAUACAUUAUGUGUGUGGAGGAGUUAGGACUGUGUAUUUCAAAAUCUGCUAGACUGUCAUAAUCCCUCAGCCAGGGGAGAAACAUGGUCCCUCUGGUCAGGAGGUACAAAAAAAAAAAUAUGCACAUGCUCCUGUGAAAAGCCAGAUCCCUAAAAAUGAAGGGAAUUGGUGUGGUGGGGAUCCUGAUGCCCAGUUUGCUUUGAAGUCUUUUUUUUUUUUUUUUUGUUCCUUUCCAGAUGUUGGGAGAUGACAGAAAAAAUCCUUUGACAGCAGCUGCCUCUCCUGUUAAAAAGGAAGGAUGUGGUUUGGAUAAUCUUUUUUUUUCUUUUUCUUUUUGGUUUAGUUCUCAGCGGCAGGAGUUCCAAAGUUAGGAAUGCUACUAGUCCUUUUAGUUGUGAAAAUCCUGCAUUAUUGUAGCUGUCUUUCAACCAAAGAUUUCUUCAAGGGAAAAAAACACUUGAGAAUUUCAGUUGUGAUUUUUGGAAUAUGUAAGAAUGCAAGGGAAGAAUGCAUAAACUUUUUUGGAGAGGGUCUGAUGGCAUCUGCUUUUGUUGAUGCUGUCAGUUUAUUUGAACAAUUUUUAUUUGAUUUGGGAUGAGACCUGAUUACAUCUCUCAGGAUCCUGGUUGUUUUUAACUAAUUUUUUUUCUUUUAAAAACCUGUUUGAAGAUGUAGUGAAUACUGGCUUUCAUAUUUAGGAUCGUCAAGUUUCACGCAGGGAAAGGGCCAGGGGGAAAAAAAUAAAUUGGUUAUGAUGUGAUCAAGAAAUAUGCAAAUUUGAGGUAAAUUUAAUUUGUGCAGUGACCAUGCUGUUCCAUGUUUCCAAUGAAGAAUUGGUAUCUAGGCCCUCUGAUGGCUACGAGCUCCAUUGUUUUUCUGGAGCUUUUUGGAUCUUUUGUUCUAAGCCAGCAUAAUAUUUUGGAAUAAGUAGUCACAUGAGGGUUAAAUUGGGUUCUCCACUAAGUGAAAGUACUGAUUUUUAGUUAAGUACGUUAACGUUUAGAGAUGUGCCACUUACCUUUACUGAUUUUUGUAUUUUAUUUAGGUGCACUUGGAUGUGCACAGCUUGUAAUGUGUUUGCCACUGGUUUUUCAAUUUAAUUUCUACAAGGCAUGAUGAGAUUUGUAGUAUGAAAUCCAGUAGUCUGUAAAAUGGUACUAAUUUGUGUCUAUUCAUCUUAAUUUAAGCUGUUUCUAUCAAAUUACCGGUUAUAAAAAAUAUAUGUAUAGUUAGUAGAAUUAUUGUCUAUUAGAAAAACAAUUUGUUACUUAAGGGAAGGGCUUGAUAUUGGACAGCUGGAAAAAGGGGAAAAAAACCCCAUGAUUUCUGGCCAUUUAGCUGGUUAAAUUAGGAUGGGGAAUACCUUUGAAUCCUUGAUUCACUGGAAGCGAAGGUGGACCAGUAAGCUGUAGCCUCAGAUCCUUGUAAUGUCCUGUCACCCUUCCUAAAAUCUGUCUUUUGACAUCUUACUAUUUAUUUUAUAGGUGAUUUACAGCAUGUUAAUUCUUAAGGGUGAAGAGGAGGAAGUCCUAUACAAUAUAUCUUGUUUUUUGGUGGAACUAAAUUAUUUUGUUUAUCAGUACUAGUUGUCCCCAUUUCUCGCUUUGAACAAGAGCCUUCCAAGUUUCUGCUUGUGUUCUUUGAAAAUCUUUUUUUAAGCAAUUAGUGAGUGAAAGCAGGAAAAUUGGUUGUAUGUGGUGUUUUUUUUGUUUUUUUUUUUUUUUCCCCCCAAAGUCUGGCAAUGGUUUCUGUCUCAUUCUUGCAACUACUUCUGGAAGUGCCGUACUGAUGUCCUUAGCCUCAGUUCUUUGUGCGUUUAAUUCAGGUGACACAAAGAUCAUAGGGAGUUACCUGUUUAUGCCAGAAAUGCUUUCAGCCCGUGGCUGUUCAUCAGUUACUCAUUAGGCAAUAAUUUGAAUUGCCAUCAAGCCCUUGUAUGUGACUCCUUUUGAUUCCAGAACUGAUUCCAGUCUUAGCAGAGAAAUUUGCUGUAAGAAUUAGCAGAUGGCUGCAGACACUUCUGCUUGCAACAAGCAGAACCUUUUAAGUAGCAUUUAAGUGCAGGAAACUCUUCCCCGCUCAGUAGAGGCUAAUUUAACUUGCUGUUGACUGGGUUUGCUAGCCUUUCCUUGCUAAAACAGCUGGAAAAAAAAAAAAAGGCAUAACCAUCUGAGCAAAUGCAGUUGUGUGCUGCCUUUCCUGUACUCAUGGGUAUGUCCAUGUUUAUGCUUGUGGAAACCCCCAGGAUUGUACAGUCGUGAAGGGUUUGUUUUAUAACUAAUCAAUGUAUGCUUUUGUUUUGAAGGAUGUAUGUAUUUGUGCAAGUAUGUUAAGGAAUGUUGGAUUACAUGGCUGUUGUGUCUUUUCAUUUGAUCUGCAAAUGAGUGUUAAAAGACCUUUUUAAAAGAAAGGAAAAAAUGAUUUAUAUGGGGAAAAUAAAGUAUUUUAUUUUA